GAUCCCUAAUGCGUGCCGUGCUGUAAAAAAAACAAAAAAACGAACGACGGACGGAUAGACGGAUAGUCUCGUAUAUUAAUAUAAAAAAAUAAUAAUAAUAUAAGCAAGUGUAAUAAUAGUGUAAAUUGGAAAAAAAGAGAGGUGUGAAAUCCGGAAGAAGAAGAAUAUUAGAAUUUUGUGUGUGGUGUCUCCUUGCUCGCUCGUUCGCCUGGGAGUAUUGAGCGACUCUGUGUUUGUGUUGUUGUAUCAAAGAAAAGAGAAAUUUACGAAUUUGCCAAUAUUUUUAUUUAUGCAAAAAUUGUGCGAUAAUUGUUGCUAUAGUUUUAAAGUGUAAAUAUGGUCACCAUAAAAGCGACUAAAGCGGAAACCCCAGCUCCUCCGUCAACAUCAUCAUCAUCAUCAGCAACAUCAACAUCAUCGUGUAGAGCAAAAACCAGUAUUGACCCUGUUAAAAUGACGGUGCCUGCAGAAGAUUCAGUCAACAGAGCGGCGGUAGCCACCCACACUAUUUCAGGCAAAGACAAUAACACCACCACUAACACCAACACGUCGUCAUCGCCGCCGCCUCCAAUGGGCGAUGAUGGCAAAAUCAGUGAAUUAACAGAGCAAAAUGUCAAAUUAUUGCCGAAGGCCUCACCACCUCCGCAAAUAAUUAUUAUUCCCGCUGCAGCCCAACAGCAGCAGGCUUCCACAACAGUCAAGAAAGUUAGGCGUGCAUUUUCUAUGCCACGAAAUCCUUUUCGCUGGUCUCACAAACUAAAGACAAACACGGCCGAUAACCUCGCUGAACGCAAGACCGGAAGAGCUCAAGACUCUGGUGGAGGUAGCGGUGGCGGUGGAGUUCUCUCCAUAGGCAAAUCAUAUACCUUAUCGUCGUGUGUUGGCGGCAACCGUGAAAGGUCUGGUAGUUUUGUAUCCCUCAACAGCAUUGAGAGAGGGGGCGGAGAAGGCGGCAGUGGUGGUGCGGCUGGCACACAUCAUACACCGGGUGAUGACGCCACCACCUCGAAUGGCACAAAGAAACAGCUAAAAGUGAAAUCAAGCACGUUGAAUGGUGGCAGUACAAAUUUGCAAAACUCUUCGCCAGCCAUGGUGGGGGCCAACAACACAAAUCGUGUCUUUAGACGUUCAUCUUUUCGGAAAUUCUUAAACCGAAUUGCUCAGCAUAUGACAACCACGUCUUCCAUGUCAGAGAAGGCCAAUUUAAUUGAUUUAGUGCCUUUUUAUACCGGAUGCUGGCGUAGAAAAAAGUCGAAUAAACCUCAAUCUUCUUUGGCUUCUGGUAAUGGCUCAGCUAAUGGUGGUCAUAUAAUAUCAUCGAGUGAUCGUGUGCCGCCCAUUGGCGGCUAUCAAUGGCCAACGGAUCAAACACCUGGCGUAAUGGGUCUGAAGAAUCAUGGUAAUACUUGUUUCAUGAAUGCCGUAUUGCAAUGCCUUAGUCACACGGAUAUAUUGGCAGAAUAUUUUGUUUUGGAUCAAUAUAAGGCCGAUUUGAAGCGGCGCAAUAAAAUUAAUUCCCGAAAAUUCGGCACCAAAGGUGAGCUAACCGAGCAAUUGGCCAAUGUUUUGAAAGCCUUAUGGAUGUGCAAGAAUGAAAGUGAUCACAGCACAAGUUUUAAGGCUGUUGUCGAUCGUUAUGGUUCACAAUUUCGCAGUUCAACGCAACACGAUGCUCAAGAAUUUCUGUUUUGGCUUUUAGAUAAAGUCCACGAAGAUUUAAAUACAGCUACAAAGAGACGCUAUAAAAGUGUCAAGAACAACUAUGGCCGUCCAGAUGAAAUAAUUGCCGCCGAAACUUUAGCCAAUCAUAUACGCUGCAAUAAUUCCUUCGUUCAGGCUGUAUUCCAAGCACAAUUUCGAUCAUCACUGACUUGUCCUCGAUGCAAGAAACAAUCAAAUACCUUUGAUCCAUUCCAUUGCAUAUCCGUACAGCUGCCUCAGCUGACACAGCAGACAAUAUUCGCCACGGUUGUCUAUUUGCAAAAGCAACCACGACAAAUGCGCAUGGGUCUUACCGUAACUGCCGGCUCACCAAUUGUCGCCUUAAGGGAACAACUGCACAAAGACACUGGCAUACGAACCGAACAAAUGGUUUUGGUUGAUCUCCAAAAGGAGGGUUUUAUGCGUGUCUUCUAUGAUUCGCAACCCGUAAAUACUUUGCAAGGCAUCGAAACGAUCUAUUGCAUAGAGGUACCUACAGAGAAGGGAGGGGCGGUAACAGCCAGCAACACCAAAGGCAACGAGCAAACACAGGCGGCAACAACUGCAACUCCAGCGUCAGCUUCGGCAGCGACUACUGUCAACAAUCCCCAAUCUGCCGAUUUAUUGGUGCUAGUAGCAAAUGUCAAGAAGACAAAGAAAGUAAAUGAUGAAACUUCCAAGGAGGAAGUAUCGCUGGAUCGUUUUGGUGCUCCAUUUUGCUUACAAAUACCCCGGGACUGUUCUUAUUCAGAGUUGCAAAAGAAGUUGCUAAAAGAAAUGGCAGCCAUACUCAAACCGGAAGUUUUCUCCUAUUCAACCCCUUUGAAGGAAAUGUUUCAAAUUCGUUUGCAAGAUCCAUCCGCUGAUCCGGAUACUUUUAUAGAACAAGUCGAGCAUCCAUUGUUAACGGAAAUGAUUGAUUUGGCCCUAUCGGUGCUAUCGGUUGAGGCGGGGCCGCCCCAUAUAAAACUGUUGCUUGAAUGGCCAGAUCCCGAAGCCCAUUUCACCGAUUUCUCUGAUCAUGUGGUGGAACAUGAAAGUGUUCCCCGUCUCUUGGCCAAUAAAACGAACGAUACGGCCACUUUGACUUUGGAACAAUGUCUGGAACAUUAUACCAAAGCCGAAACAUUGAGUGCGGAAGAUGCCUGGCGUUGUCCCCACUGUCAAGAGUAUUUACCGGUUGUGAAGACCUUAGGUUUAUGGUCAUUACCUGAUAUUUUAGUUGUACAUUUUAAACGCUUCCGCCAACAUCAUGGCAAAAGCACGAAUGCAGCCAAACUUACCACCAUGGUUAAAUUUCCGCUGCACUCGUUUGAUAUGUCACCGCAUUUGGCCAAAGGAGCCAAUGAAAUGACGCAGGCAGCCGCUACGCUAUCUGCAGCUGGAGGUUCGCAAACCACCCGUCCAAGUCCGUGGCGCAAAUCAAAAUCUAGCGAUUCUCGUUCUUCCACACUGAGUUCCCGCGAUAAUCGGGAGACGCGUUAUGACCUUUAUGCCGUCUGUUACCAUCAGGGAGAUACCCUGGAAACGGGCCAUUACACUGCCGCCUGCAAGAAUCCCUACGAUCGCCAAUGGUACAAAUUUGACGAUCAACGAGUUACCAAAGUCUCCAAUGACGCUAUGCCCGAUGAAAUUAUCAAUAAUGAGGCAUAUAUGCUAUUUUAUCAGCGCAGAACUUCUGAGAAUGUUGAAUGUUCUGGUUCUAGUUCCAAUUCUGGUGAUCAUUGGGUAUCGCGCAUAGCCCCACCGGCCCCGUCAACCAACCCCUCGAACGCCAAUGCAGUUUCUAUCGAAAACGAAAUUAAAUCCGAAAAACCAGUAGUCAAUGAAAUGGAAAAAGAGAUUGUGGCAGAAAAGUCGCUAAGCCAGGAGGUAGAGGAAAGUAAACCCUCUGGCGAAGCGGUUACAAUGGAAGUAAAUGAAGCCAAGCAAAGCAAUAAUGCCACUAAGGCGCGGCCAGAGGUACCUAUUGUUAAUGGUCCGGAUUUGGAUGCCAUAGAACAGCUUUUAGAUUAUGCUGAUGCUGAGGUCAUUAAUGAUCCCAAUGAUAUAGACAUUACAGAUAGUAACGAAUGUAAAAUCAUCGAAGCACUAUGUCCAGAAGACACAACUGAAAUUUUCACCAUGGAUGAGGAUUGCAAAAUUGAAGAAGGCGAAGAAGAAGAAGCACUAGUUAACGCCAGUGCUAGCGUCUUAUCGAACCUCGCUCAGGAGAAGACAACUCCAAAACAUACCUCACUUUCCAAUGGCACAGCUAAGGAAAUCAAACUAAAACCCUCACCUAUAUCUCCAAAAAAACUCAAUGGUCACAAGUCACCUUCGACUUCCACAUCCUCAUCAGACUCCUCGCUGGGCUCAAAAUCGGCAACGUCACCAGCUUCUUUGGCAAUUUCCAAAUUAAAUGGUGGCAUAGAUUCUCAAAACAUGCCAAACAAAUCCAAUGGCUUUUCCCCACAAGCCACAUCAGCGCCAAAUGAUAAAGAACACCUACUCUCCACCAGUUUGAAGAGUAACAGCAGCAGUAUUAUUAGUUCCGCUUUAGCGGGUCAUUUUCAAACGUAUCGUCAACCCUGGCAUGGCAGUCGCUCGAGUGUUUCCGCUGUUGAGAGUGUCAUAAAUCCCAGCAGUUCUGUGACAUCGCAUCCUUCGUUGCAUUUGAGGCAUUCCUUUUCGACGGCCUCCAACUAUCGCUUGCGUGAAUGCAAUGACACAUUAUCCUCGGUAUUACGGAAUUCUGUGAAUACAUGUAGCAAGGAUACGCUAAUAUUUUUGGAUCAACAACAGCAUCACAAUCAUCAUCAUCACCACCAUAACCACCAUCAUCGCAAUAAUCAUAGGCAUCAUCAUAGUUUAAUGGAGGAUGAUGAUGAUUCAUUUAUGGGCAGUCGAUCGUUGUGGAUAUCUCCGGUUACGCCCCAUAAACUCAUAACUGUUUCGCCGAAAAAUUGAGAUACGAUUUAAGAAUAAAAAAAAAGAAAAUAAAACAAAUCAAAGAAAGACGACCUAUAAUUGUUGUGUACGUAUAAAUUUAGAUUAAGUUUUAACAAAUUCUCUAGAUAGGCAUAAACCAAAACAAGGUGAAAACCCAUGAAAUUUAAAAUAAAUUUCAUAGAAUGCAACAUAGCAAGGCAAAAACAAAGUGAGAAAUCUAUUGUAUCAAUUAAUAAAAUACAAAACAAUUUAAUUUUUUGUUGAAAAAAAAAAACAAACAUUGAAAAACGCAGGCUCAUUAUAAUGAGAAUUACUUUAUAAUUAUUACUUUAUAUAUAGAUAUUUUACAUACAUACAUACAUAUUAUCAUUAAAAAAAAAACAAAA